CGAGCUUCGAGGGUGGAGUUUGGGCUCCUCGGCCGGAAGCCGGCUGCGUGGGUGGGGAGUGUCGGCUGGCUUCGGGAGAGGGCCGCUUGUCCAUACAAGGAGCGCCACGCGGGGGCGGAGGGGCAAACCCGGGCCCGGACCCCUCAGUCCUUCUCGCCGAGCCGUCCGCCGCAGCCGUCGUCGCGUUUCUCCGGUCCGCAGCCGCCGUUAAGAUGUCCAAGCGAGGCAAGAGCGACUCGACCAAGAGGCGCGCCCAGCGGGCCACCUCCAACGUCUUCGCCAUGUUCGAGCAGAACCAGAUCGCCGAGUUCAAAGAGGCAUUCCAAAUGAUUGACUCGAACAAGGACGGCUUUGUGGACAAGAAUGACCUGCGAGCUACUUGGGACUCACUGGGGAGGAUCAUCCCCGAGAACGACCUGGACGGCAUGAUCGCCGAGGCCACCGGCCCCAUCAACUUCACCAUGUUUCUCACCAUCUUCGGAGAACGAGUGUCCGGAACGGAUCCGGAAGACGUCAUCAGGAAUGCCUUCAAGACGUUCGACAAAUCUGGAACUGGCAAAAUUAGCCAAAAAGACCUGAAGAAGUCCCUGAUGACCUGGGGAGACAAAUUCCAAGAAGCUGAGGUGGACGAGGUCCUGAAAGAAGCCCCCGUCGACCGGGACGGGAACAUCGACAUCGAGGGCUACGUGAAGCUCAUCUGCGGCAACACCGACGACGAAGAAUAAAGCGCCAUUAUUUUUUUGGCGGCCUGGAA